AAUAAAAGCGCUGAUCUCGGCGUGACAGCUCAGAGCUGUCCACGUCAACACACCGAGAGAGCGGAGCGACGGCAGCAGCAGCAGCAAUGGAUUCCACGUCUCCGGAACCGUCCCUCUACACAGUUAAAGCAGUUUUUAUUCUCGACAAUGAUGGAAACAGACUUUUGUCAAAGUACUAUGACCCAGAGCUUUACCCCUCCAUGAAGGAGCAGAAAACCUUUGAAAGGAAUGUUUUUAACAAGACACACAAAGCAGACAAUGAAAUAGCUUUUCUGGAAGGCAUGACCAUCGUGUACAAGAGCAGUAUAGAUCUUUUCUUCUACGUUGUGGGAAGUGCUCAGGAAAAUGAGCUCAUGCUGAUGUCAGUACUUAACUGCCUGUUUGACUCCACCAGUCACAUCCUCAGGAAAAAUGUGGAGCGGAGGUGUUUAUUGGAAAACAUGGAAGGAGUGUUUCUUGUUGUGGAUGAAAUCAUUGAUGGGGGGGUGAUUCUGGAGAGUGAUCCACAGCAGGUCCUACAGAAAGUCAACUACAGGGCGGAUGAGAACCCAUUAACUGAACAAAGCGUGGCUCAGGUUUUGCAGUCAGCCAAGGAGCAGAUCAAAUGGUCUAUACUGAAAUGACUGAAAACAAAUCUGAUUUUCCAAAAAGAAUGUUUCCAGUCCCAAAGUUAUUUUACAGGGCCAAACUGAAGGGAUGGAUGUUACUGAAGUGAUGGCCAAUAGGCUGCCUUAGGUGUGUUUUUUGUGACAUUUUUUUUCUAUUGUGUGUGACAAGUAUUUAAUUCAUUUGGGAGUAAACAUAGCCCAUAUGUGGAGGUGCCAUUUAGCAAGCCAAAUGACACUUCUUAUUUUAUUAUCAUAAGUAAUAUGCAGGCAGCUAUCCAGUACCUGAAUUAUCAAAAGAAGUGCAAGAGAUUGGUGGAACAACAUUGUUCUCAGUCCCACCGAACUGAUCGUGGCUUCUGGGUUUCUUUGAAGAGUUAUGCUCCCCCCCCCCUUUCACAUUGUGUGUGUGUGUGUGUGUGUGUGUGUGUGUGUGUGUGUGUGUUUGACUGUGUCAACAAUAUUACAAAGCCAAAUUAAUUUCUAUUACAACACUACAAGAAUACAGAAGGUAAUACUAAAAGUUUGUUGUAUUGAGUUUCAAUUGACUCGUUACACUCAUGAUUUCCAUAAUGCUUCUUUGAAGCCCAAAAGCAAAUGCAGUUAUGUUUUAUGACACUAAGAAGGCACUGUGGUACAGAUGCAGGAAAUCUAAUUUAAGGAAAGUCUGCACAUGUGAAUGAAUUUUAGAACCAAUGGGAGCUUAAAAAAGAUAAAAAUAAAUAAAUAAAAAAGUGCACAGGAUCCUGUGGCCAGAGUUACAAAGAAUAUUGUCUAUUCUACUGUUGUGAUGAUAAUUAAAGAUUUUAAAAGACAUUACAUGUUUUGUUAGUGGAGAGAAAUAUGGCCAAAGAGAAACUAAUUAUUAUUUUUACAUAUCAAUGUUGUUUUCUCUGUCUGCAAGAGAGAUAAUAAAACUAUAUUUGUCCUGGUUUCA